AUGGUUCGCAACGAGCAGCUCAUCUUCGCGACGACCCCGACCGAGUACCCCAUUCCGGGCGAGGUGAGUACGAUGCCCUUAGCGGAGCUACGUGGAUCUCGAGUCUCCGCUAUGGUUUUCAUGAUGGUCAUACUUGGUCGACUGCAAGUAGUGUGGUCGCACUUGGUGUCCAAAGGUCGGUCCGAGAAUUGACGGUCACGUCAUAAGUCCGAGCGCAGCGUCGGCGUUUAUUAGUAAUCAGCACGUCACUACCUCCACCUUGGCACUUAGCGAUGAAGCUGUUCCAUCGGGAACACUACCACCAACACAGAACCUAGGAAUCCCUAGAUUGGGAAACUUACUGAUAAUCACGACUUAUCCUUUUCACCUCGAUUUGAUGUAGACGUUGCGUAAGGAAACCUCAGACUUUGACGCCACUCAAUCCGCGCCGUCAGGAGGUCUGGUCACCAAGACCGUCUGUCUUUCGCUCGAUCCUUACCUCCGUGGCCGACUGAGGGAUGGCGGUGACUCCUACGUCCCCGCUUUCGAGAAGGGCAAGCCAAUCGAGAACUUUGGUAUCAGCGAGAUCCUCUCCUCGUCGGCCGAAGGGCUCAAGAAAGGCGAUCGAGUUUACGGAUCGACUCGUUUCGCCGAAUACAACAUCUUCACCGCGGACCAGGUCAAGGGUUUGAAGGUGAUUAAGAACGACGAGAAACUACCCUGGACGACUUGGGUCGGUGCGGCCGGAAUGCCUGGACAGACGGCUUGGUGGGCAUUGAAGCACAUUGGUCAGCCCAAGAGAGGUGAAACAAUUUUUGUUAGUGGCGCGAGUGGCGCCGUCGGACAGUGAGUCAUGGUCGCCUUUUAUUUCUCUUCCCUGAUUCCCUUGGCUUCAUGAACUGAACGCACCCAAUCUAUCAGAUUGGUGAUCACGUUGGCGCAUUCGGCUGGUCUCAAGGUCAUCGCUUCGGCCGGCUCCGAUAAAAAGGUCGACUUCCUCAAAUCCCAUCUCAACGUCGAAGUCGCUUUUAACUACAAGACCGAAUCGACACUCGAGAUCCUCAAGAAGAACCCCUUUCAAAUCUACUGGGACAACAUUGGAGGCGAGACGCUCGAGAAUGUCUUGGCGACGAUCGAGCGCAAGGGCCGCGUCAUCGCUUGUGGCGCGGCGUCGCAGUACAACACGCGUACGCCUUACGGAAUCAAGAACUCGUUCCAGAUCACGGCCAAGUCGUUGAAGGUCCAGGGAUUCAUCAUUUUGACUGAGGAUAUCACGGGCUUCUACGAUGUGGUUCCUAAGUUGAUCGCUGGGGGCAAGGUUCCCGAACCCAAGGAGCACCACGUCAAGGGGUUGGACCAGGGUGAGGCGUUCACGGCCUUGUUGAAGGGUGACAGCACGGGCAAGGUUGUCUACAUCUUUGAGUAG